UAUGGAGAAAGAGAGAGAAAAACAGGAACGGCAAAUGAAGAAAAUGAAGCAGACGGAGGAAGAUCUGCUGUACGGCACCAUCAUCAGAACCCCAACCAAGAGAAGACUCGCUGGAACCCCGACACCUGGAAAAACACGCAAGCUGACAUCCACCUCUAGCAUGUGUAGCUCCACCCCAAACACGACACUCCGUUCCAUAUGCUCCUCCCCUUCUUUGAGACCGCCCCUUUCCUCCAGCAAGUUGUGUGCACGGACACCUGCCCGUGGCCGAACCCCUCGUGGUCUGGAGAGGAACAAGGAGAAUAUCUCCCAUCUGAGCGGAGCUUUGCGCACGAUGGCCGCCAGCCCUCAAAUAAAUUACUCCAUUACAUCCGUGGCCUCCUCCUACUCCGAGUUUGCGAAGGACUCUGAAUCCACUGCAGCGUCCAGCGGGAGCUCUCAAAUGCCUCUAAAUCCAGCGUCAAGGCUGGAGUUCUGAACUCUACCAUCACACACUGAACUCCGUGGAUCAAAGAUGGACGGAUGGGCAUCAAUGAAGACAAAAAAAAGCUUUUAUGGAAAUACUGAAUGUGAAUCAUUUAGAAUUUGUUGAAGAAUUGUAAAUAUUUUAGCUCUGCAUUUUACUAUUUUUUUCUCUUGACUUGUUUUUUUAUUUUUCUCCCUUUAUUUAAUUUUCCUUUUAUGAGUUUUAAACAAGUGAUUCUCUGUCUUUGAGCUUGACUUCACCUGCAGUUUUUAUGAAAACUCCAUUAACACUGAUCUUAGGCCUCUGAGAUGGAUUUUAUCUUUUAUACUUUAAAAUCACGAUGCCAUUUUUGCCUUUCAGACUUUAUUUUCUGUAAUUGCACAACACUAAGUUUACCUGGCAUCACUCCUCUUGAAACAUUGCUGCUACUGUGGUGGUUGGCAUCCUGUAAAUAAAUGUUUGUUUUCAUGGGGACAUUUUGUACUUUGGAAGUGAUUUAUUUAUUAGGAUGGAUGAGAAUGAACAUUGGGUGAAUAUUAAAUUUAUUUCUAUUUAUAGUAUUAUUCAAAGUGUGUACCUGAACAAUAAAC